AUAUACUCCUAUUUACUCCUAUCACACUCUUUUGGCUCGCAAUUGUAGCUAGUAUGGAGCGAACACCGCUCACCGGAAGAUGGCGCCUGAUCAUCCUUUCGCCUGAAGAAGAAGACGAAAUAGCUGCCCAGCUUGCUGGACCCAGAUGGUACCAAGCCAUCCUUGACAUUCUUUCCGUGGAGGGCCCUCCGAGGUUGGUCCCUCCCACCGACUGGCGCCACGAAUGGGUACGUGACACCCUUCGUCGACUGGAAGGCGGAGUCCCCAUCCUACAACGAGAAAGAGACCUUGCGCCAGAAUGGCUUGAACGUGGUCCUAACGACGUGCCACUUCCACCACCGGCAGAAUAUCCCCUCCGUCCUCGACCUCGCGCAGCAGAAUACGUCAGACGGUUUUGUGAGAUGACCUGUGGAAGAACUGUCCCACCGCCUGCGCAUGCGAUUCCGGGACCCCCAUACUCGCUCGUUAUCGUAGAUAAGCCCGAUGCAUGUAAUGCCUUUUCAUAUGGCUUCGGGCCUGAUGGUGGUGGCGGCGUGGUGGUGUAUUCUGGAUUUCUUGACCAAGUGUUGUCAAAAACCACUCCUUCUGAACAGAUGAACCCGUCGUUAUCGGAAGAAACAUCGUGGUGGAAAUACCUCUUUGGAGGUUUCUCUAUCUCGCCUCCCGACCCGCCACAUCCUGUACCCACAGCGGAGCAAACGUCAGAGCUCGCCAUCCUUCUCUCGCACGAACUGGCACAUUUGAUAUUAUCGCACCAUCUUGAGACAUUAUCUUCUGGUACAAUUAUGGUUCCGGCUAUGAUGUCGAUGGUCGCAGAUGUUGUCCGUACACUGUUGUUUCCCUUUACAAUGCUGUUUGGGCCUUUUGUAAAUGAUGCAGUCGCGCAGUUGGGGAAGGCGGGUUCUGGAGAACUUACCAAGAUUGGAGAGUACUGCACCAGCACGUCGCAAGAAAUAGAAGCGGAUGUAGUGUCUGCAAGACUUCUCGCUCAUGCCGGGUUCGACGCGCGUCAAGCCGUGAGCUUCUGGGAGAAUCGACAGAAUACGCCUAAAACGGCCGAGUGUUCUUCAAGCACACAGUCUGACGAUCCUGCUUCUGAGUGGAUUCUUGCAAGGCGUAUCAUGGGUUCCGGACAUCCAGUGAAUGAACUCCGCGUGGAAAAGUUGAAGGAUGAGCUUGUUCGGUGGGAGUCAGAAAAGCGGGUUGCCCAGCGAAGGAUGGGUGAAGAAGCUAGACAGAGACCAAGUCUGGGUAUUUUUUAAAUAUAUUCGGUGGUUGUGAAUUUUGAUUUAUAGGUGAACACAUUCAUUUUUGCUUUAAUUUGUUAUAUUAGUAGGACAUGUCAUGUUGUAUUUAUACCGUCGCUUGCAAAUCACUACUUACGCCUCAUUCCUUAAAAAUGCGAUUUGGAUGACAUGU